CUUGUAUCUGAGAACUCUUCUUAUUAAAGUUCUCUAUUUCUGCCGUUUUUUCAUUGUCAUCCUUCUGUUCAAAUAAUUUGGAUUUUCUUUGGUGUUUGUUUUUUUUUGAAGAGCUGUUGUCCUGGCUUUACUGAGUUUUAGAUGUGGGGAAUGCCCUUUAGUUUGCGGGGGAAGGGGGUGUUAGAAGUUGCAGAUAUUUCAGACUUCUCUUCUUCGAUUUCUUCGGUGUCAGGGAGCAAGUGGAAGGAGGGUAGCUGCUUGGGCAGCGAACCAACAUCUGUACUGGAUACAAGGAGGAGUCCCAGCCCACCAACAUCGACGUCAACCCUGUCUUCUUCAUUGGGCGGAGGAGGCGGCUCAACCGACACUGCCGGCGUGGCGGCGGUUUCCGAUAACCGCCCACAGAAAUGGCCGUCUACCCAGCAGCAGGAGGACAGCUCGGCUGCAGUAGCUGAGCCGCCUGGCGUUGGUGGUGGUGUUGCACGCAAGGACGAAUGGGCUUCGGAGCUUCAACCGAUUCCGACUGCGUUAGAGAUUGUUAGCGGUGGUGGUACUGGUGCAGAAAAAUGUGGCCUUGGAAUGGAGGAUUGGGAGAGCAUGUUAUCAGAAUCAGCAGCUUCGCCUGGCCAAGAACAGUCGCUCCUGCGAUGGAUCAUGGGCGAUGUCGAAGACCCAUCUUCGGGUUUGAAGCAGUUGUUGCAAAGUGGAGGUGGUUCGGAGUUCGAAGCCAAUGCUGGUUUCGGGAUCGUUGAUCAGGGUUUCAGUUUUGAGCUCAGUGGAGGAGGUGUGGGUGCUUCGGCCAGUGGUAGUGGUAAUGUGAUGGGUACCAUCAAUCCUUCUCUAUCUAUUCCUGGUUCUGGGUUUCCUGUCAAUAGCAACGCCACUACAACCGCCACCACCACCACCAACACCACCAACAACAACCACAGUGGAAGGAUUGGCUUAGUCCCCAACACAGCUUCUCCUCCUAAUUACAAAAUGCCUUGUUUUGUUCCCAACAGCAGUAGCAACCCUCCCAACUCCAUUUUCUCUUCUUCCCCUAACAACCACCCUCUGAAUCUCCCUCUAUCUUUACCUCCGGGCGUUUUUUAUCAGCAGCAGCAACCACAUCUUGAGCCUUCUGAUGAAAAGCCACAGCUUUUCAAUCCACAAUUGCUAAUAAACCAGUCACAAGUCCAUCAUCCUCAGAACCCGGCUUUCUUCGUGCCAUUAUCUUUCUCGCAGCAAGGGCAGCACUUCCUUUCUCCCCAUUCAAAGCGCCACCAUGCUGCCGCGGUUGAUCCGACCUCUCAGAUCCCCAAGGUUCCGUUCACUGACUCGGGUCAAGAGGUUUUCAUGCGGAGGCAACAGCAGCAACCACAGGCCUUCCCACAUCAGCUGCAAUUGCUUCCUCAUCAUCUUCAACAGAGGGAAACAAUGGCACCGAAGCCCAAGGUGAUGGGCGCAGGUGACGAAGUGGCUUACCAGCAGCAACAGCAGCAGACGUUGGUCGACCAGCUCGUCAAGGCCGCCGAGCUGGUUGAGACCGGGAAUUUAGUACACGCGCGAGGGAUAUUGGCGCGGCUCAAUCAGCAGCUCUCCCCAGUAGGGAAGCCCCUCCAAAGGGCUGCUUUCUACUUCAAGGAGGCCCUGCAACUGCUCCUCCUUACUAACAACACAGGCUCAUCUCCUCCACAGAGGAAUUCCACACCUUUUGAUGUUGUUCUCAAGAUCGGUGCCUACAAGGCCUUCUCGGAGAUAUCUCCACUCCUGCAAUUUGCCAAUUUCACCUGCAAUCAGGCCCUCCUUGAAGUACUUGAUGGGUAUGAUCGAAUCCACAUUAUAGAUUUUGAUAUUGGACUUGGCGGGCAAUGGGCAUCCUUCAUGCAGGAACUUGCAGUGAGGAUUAGAGGUGUCCCUUCCUUGAAGAUUACUGCCUUUGCCUCUCCGUCCUCUCAUGAUCCACUUGAGCUUGGUCUUACAAGAGACAACUUGACCCACUUUGCUAACGACCUUGGGAUUGCAUUUGAGCUUGACAUCGUAAGCCUUGAUUCCAUUGACCCAGCUUCCUGGUCGCUUGGCCUCCUCCAUGUUUCAGAUAGUGAGGCAGUUGCAGUUAACCUCCCCGUUGGGUCAUCUCCCAAUCAUCCAUCCUCUAUGCCCUCACUCCUCCGGUUUGUUAAACAGCUCUCCCCCAAAAUUGUGGUAUCCGUGGAUCGUGCGUGUGAUCGCAGCGACCUUCCUUUCUCACAGCACUUCCUCAGUGCACUUCAUUCGUAUUCAUUCCUGCUGGACUCAUUAGAUGCAGUAAACGUUAACUCAGAUGCUGUGCACAAGAUUGAGAAGUUCCUAUUCCAGCCAAGGAUUGAGGGCAUUAUACUGGGACGGCAGCGUGCUCCGGACAAAUUGCCACCUUGGAGGUCUCUCGUUGCUCAAGCUGGGUUCAACCCGUUCACAUUCAGCAAUUUCACUGAGACCCAGGCUGAGUGCCUGGUUAAGAGGCAUCAAGUUAGAGGAUUCCACGUCGAGAAGCGCCAGGCGGCGCUUGUGCUCUGCUGGCAGCGACGGGAGCUCGUCUCAGCAUCUGCUUGGAGGUGCUGAGGAGGGAGAAUUUGUUACAGGCAGGAAGGUGGUUGGCUUUUACCCAAUUACGCCCCCGAUUGUAGGGCUCUCAACAAGUGGAUGCUGGGUUACACUCCUCCCUGACAAGUACGAUGAAUUACGCGUAACAUGCUUAGUUGUUUAUGUAGGUUUUAGUUAAUUAAUCAAUUUGGUUGGGGACUUUUGGAGUAUAUUGUAAUCCAAUACAUAUAUAUGCAUUAUAUGUGUAGAGAACAUUAAUUAUUUGUUGCAUGCUAUCAGUUGAGUACUAUUAUACAUUGAAUUUGCUAUUGUGUUGGAUAAUUUUUUAUACCUCUCUCAAUCAAACCACAUGGCUCAUGUUCCAUA